AUGACUGAGGUGAUAGCUAAGAUAAUUGUUCCCGCCGCUACAAGGCUUGCCCAAUCUGUUAUCGAAUUUCUGUGGUCCAAAGUCAUUGGAGACUCCAUUUCGCUUGCUGACAUACAUGAAUCGCUAAAUCAUGGAUUAAUGCAGCUACUUGCUUUACAAAGGGACAAAGACAAUGAAGUUUUGAGCGAUAUUAUACAGAAAGAUCCGUCUGAGGCUUACAAGCUUUGGAAGGAGCGUGUAUCAAAUAUUGAGAAACAGGUGGCUCCCUUGAACAAAGAAUAUGUUGAAGUAGGGACAAAGAGACGGCGUAUUGUUCGAAGGAAACAUCUUGGAAAGAAUAUCAACGAGGCAUUAAAAGACGUGAUCAAGCUUCUUGAAGAAUGUCCGGAGAAGAUUCUAGUUGAUUAUAAGCUGCCGGAGCGGGUCAUAAAGGAGACUGGUGUUCUAUCAAUUGCGGAGUAUCCGACUCUCCUGAAAGCCUUCCAACAAAUUCUGACUCUGCUACAAGAUGAAAAUGAAGGAGUAAAAUGCGUGGCACUUCAUGGACAAAAAGGGGUGGGGAAAACUACAAUAAUGCAAAACUUAAACAACCACUUUUUUGAUAACGAUGACAAGUUGUUUGAUAUGGUGAUUUUCAUCAAAGUGCCGUCUGAUGAGCAGAUUAAAGAUCUUCCCAUUCUACAGAAAAUUGCAAAUCGAAUAAAGGUGGAUAGAGAAGAUAGUGAACCUGCUGAUGUAGUUGCUGGAAGAAUACGGGAAGUGCUGGAAAAUAAAAGAUAUUUACUGAUUUUAGAUGGCCUAAGGCACACACCAAAUGGGAUUUGGGAAAAGUUGGAUAUUUCACAACACAAAAAAGAUAGUAAGGUGGUAAUAACCACUCAUUAUCCUCUUGCUUUCAACUCGAAAUAUGUUGCUGGGAAAGUCCCGCUGGAAAGAUUAUCCCCCAAUGAAGCAUGGAAGAUGUUUCGAUGCAUUAUUGGUGAGAAUCUUUUACCACCCAUACCAAUUGCUCGACAGAUAUGUGAGAGAUUCUGCUAUCGUCUCCCCCUCCUUAUAGGUCUUAUAGCAAAGUCUUUUGCCUAUCAAGAGUCUCCUCCUGAUUGGGAGGGGCUUUUGAAUGAAUGCACGCCUUGGCCUCAACUUAAUGGUUUCGAAGAUUUAUACUCAGUCUUGGAAAGUGGUUAUAAACUGUUGGGUGAUCAACGUAAACAAAAAUGCUUCCUUUAUGCUUCACUGUAUCCUGCAAAUAGCAAGAUAUACACAAAUUACUUUGUGGAGUGUUGUAUUGCUCAGGGCUUUCUUGGUGAUGUUGGUGCAUCUACUAAUUACAGCGCUAUGCGUAGUCGCUGUAUUCAUGAAGUAUUGAGGCACCUUGUUAAUGUCUCGUUCCUGGAAGGGGAUCAACAAAUGAGUUAUGUUAAAAUGAAUGAUUUUUAUAGGCAAUUUGCCUUUGAUAUAUCAUUCAAAUAUUGGGACUUAGAAUGUAGCACUUAUCGUGCUGAUAAUGAAGGACAUGAGAAGUGCUCCUUCAGACCAGAAUCACGGCAGGAUGCUAGAUGGAUUUCUAUGGUUGGCAGUAAAAAGGAUUGUCUACCAACAAACAAAAAUUAUUGGAGCCUUCAGACACUAUUGCUACAAAAGAAUCAGAAGUUGGUUGAAAUCCCACCAACCUAUUUUGACAGCAUGAGCAAUCUUCUUGUGUUAAACUUAUAUGGUACUAAAAUAAGGAGUUUGCCAUCCUUGUCCGGAUUAACUAGGCUUAAAGCAUUCUAUCUAAAUCGUUGUUCAGACUUGACGAUAAUUCCAUCUCAGAUCCAAACACUUGAGCACCUGGAGGUGUUUGACGUUCGAGAUACUGGAGUGAAUUUUGUGCCAUGCUUGGAAAGUUUGCGAAAUUACCCUUAG